UCUCCUUUCCCAUACACCUAUCUUUCCAAAUGUGAGGAAAGAAAUAGGUUAUUGGUAGGGUUUUUUGGCCUCCUCUGAGAGGCUGCCGUUAAAGGACGUAGCCGUGGAGGAUAUGCACCUGCAGACUUUUCAAAGAGGAGCGCAACUGCCUUGGAGCAAUGGAUAAAGGCUGACGGGCAUGCAUUUUGUUAAAUGGAGAGAGACACCCUGAGCAAUUUCACCCUGGAUUCCAACAGGCGGAUAGCAUGGCAAGAGGACUGUUAUAUUGACCUGCAGUCCGAUGCCUCUUGCCCGCACACAAAGAUGAAGACAGAAGGUGUUUGGAUACAAAAAUACCGCAAGCAGCUGCUGCGGUCCAUUUCCGGCCCUUUCCUGGAGAACAUCGUGGCCCACAUGAGGAAACUGGACCUUCUGAGUCGGGACGAGGUCUCGACCAUACAGACCAAGAGCCAGCUGCCGGAGAAGCUGCGUGCUGUCAUCGACAUCCUGCUCAGCAAGGGCCCGCAGGCCUCCGAAUCACUCCAGGCCUUCAUUGAGAACACCAACUCCCAGCUCUACCUGCUCAUCACGCUUCAGGAUCCAAUGGUGCAGAAGCACGUGGAGGCCCUGCAGACCCGUUAUGGAGGUUGGCCAGAAGGCCUGGUGCUGAGGAGACCAUCCUCAGACAGCUUUGCCAACCUGCUGCUGGUGGAGGGACUUUCAGACUUGCAGCAGAAGGAGCACGAUGCUAUGCAGAUUGAGGCCACAAAAGGCAUGGGGAGGCACCAUGCCAGACAGCUGGCUCUGGAAAAGCUGCUGCAGCCCCUCACCCGUGUCAGUAUGCCUCCCCGCAUCUUGCUCACAGUUGGAGUGGCUGGGAUUGGGAAGAGCACCCUAGUCCGCCACUUUGUCCAGCUAUGGUCUAACGGGGAGAUUUGCCAGGAUGUGAGCUUUGUCUUCCCCUUUUCUUUCUGGGAGCUCAAUGCCUUUGAAAAGCUGUCAGCCGAGCGAUUGGUGAAGCAGGCCUACCCCCACGUGACUAAUCUGAGCAAUGUCUUCAAUGGGACCUCUCGGGUCCUGCUGAUCUUUGAUGGGCUGGAUGAGUUCAAGUGCCCACUGGACUUCUCAGAGGCUCUGACUUGCACGGACCCAAAAAAGGAGGUUUCGGUGGACAACCUGAUCACCAACAUCGUGCGAGGAAACCUGCUCCCUGAUGCCUCUGUCUGGCUGACUUCUAGGCCCACUGUGGCUGCCCAGAUACCCGGAGGUCUGGUGGACAGAAUGACCGAGAUACCAGGGUUUGGAUACAAAGAAAUACAGGAUUUUCUGCGUAGCAUGUUCCUGGAUGAGGACCUUGUGGGCCACAUAUGGAACCACUUAAAGUCCAACAAGAUUUUCUUAGUGAUGUCUUAUGUGCCUUGUAUUUGCUGGAUUGUUGCCUCUACUGUUGGUUUCCUCAUCAACAGUGGCUCACAAGACUGCUUACCAAGGACCUGGACAGAGCUCUACUCUUACUUCUUUAAGAUGAUGGUAGAGGGAGACUCAAAGGAGCCCCUGAAGAUAGAGCAGGCCUAUGGAAGCAGCCGGAAGAUGAUGGGCAGCUUGGGGCGGCUGGCAUUCUAUGGACUAAUCAAGCGGAAGUUUACCUUCUAUGAGCAGGAUAUGAAAGCUAAUAGCAUUGACCUGCCCUCACUUCACAGUGGCCUCAGCAGCCGUAUCCUAGUAAAGCAGGAGUCUGCAGCAAGCACAGCCUACUGCUUCAUCCACCUCAGCAUCCAGGAGUUCCUAGCUGCCACUUACUACUACACAGCCUCCAGACGGGCCAUCUUUGACCUCUUCACAGAGAGUGGCAUGUCUUGGCCAAAGAUUGGAUUCCAGAACCACUUCAAGAAUGCCCUUCAGCGGUCACAGCAAUCAGAGGACGGUCAGCUGGACAUGUUUGCACGCUUCCUGUCUGGCUUGCUCUCCCCACUGGUGGCCAAGCCUCUCUCUGGGCUGCUGCCGUUUGGUCGGGAUGAGCACAGCAUCUACAGGGUGCCUGCUGCCUCCUUCCUGCAGUGUGUCUUAAACUCAGGCUGCACGGUCUCCUUGCGGGCUGUUAACAUGGUGCACUGUCUACAGGAGCUACAACACACAGAGCUAACACGGGCACUGGAGGAGGGCCUACGCAACAACAGCCUGGCUGGCAAGCUGACGCCAAUCAACUGCUCAGUGCUGGCCUACCUGCUGCAGGUGUCCGAAGAAUGCGCUGAGGAGACCAACCUUUCCAACUGCCUCACCUACAGCAUUGUUAAAAGUUUGCUUCCACAGCUGCUCUACUGCACUAACAUCAGACUGGAAAACAAUAAUUUUAAAGAUGAUGUCAUGGAGCUACUAGGCAGCUUGCUGAGUGCAAAGGAUUGUCACCUACAGAAAAUCAGCUUAGCAGAGAAUGCUAUCAGUAACAAAGGAGCCAAAGCCAUCAGCAGGUCUCUGAUGGUCAACAGGAGUCUGACUUCACUUGAUUUUCGCAGCAACAACAUUGGCCCCAAAGGAGCCAAGGCCCUUGCAGAUGCCCUCAAGAGGAAUCAGGUUCUGGUGUCUCUCAGCCUCCAGAACAACUUCAUUGAGGAGGAGGGAGCUAAAUCCAUUGCAGACGUGCUUGUGUCCAACCGCAAACUUGUCACCCUGAACUUGCAGAAGAACUCCAUCAGUACAGAGGGGGCUCAGAGAAUCGCAGAGGCACUGAAGAAAAACCAGACUCUGAAGGAAUUGAUUCUGUCCAGUAACCAGCUGGGGGACAAGGGGUUGGCAGCUCUGGCCCAGGCCCUGACAGUGAACCACAGUCUCGCUGCACUUCACCUCCAAAGCAAUUCCAUCAGCAACAAAGGAGUGGCUGUACUGACUCAGGCCCUACGGCUCAACCGAGGACUCGUCCAUCUGAAUCUCCGUGAGAAUUCCAUUGGGGUGGAGGGAGCGAAAGACAUCGCCAAGGCCCUACAGGAGAACAGCACUCUAAGAAAUCUGGACCUUACAGCAAAUCUGUUGCAUGAUGAAGGGGCAAAGGCCAUAGCUGGAGCAGUGAAGGUCAACCAUGCUCUUAUCUCCCUGCACCUGCAGUGGAACUUCAUCAAAGCCAAAGCUGCCCAGGCCCUGGGUCAGGCCCUGCUGUCAAACACCACCCUGCAGCAACUGGAUCUCCAAGAAAAUGCCAUCGGGGAUGAGGGAAUGAUUGCUCUAGCAGAAGCCCUGAGGAUCAACACAGCUCUCAGUGCACUAUUUCUCCAGGGUGUGUCAGUUGGCCAGAGUGGUGCAAUUGCCCUGGCUGAAGCUCUGAUGGUCAACCAAACUCUACACACCCUUGAUCUGCGGGGAAAUUCCAUUGGAAUGGAGGGAGCGAAGGCCUUGUCAAAUGCACUGAAAGCCAACAGAAGUCUGCGCAUUCUAAAUUUACAGGAGAACUCUCUGGGCAUGGAUGGAGCCAUCUUUAUUGCUACAGCCCUCACUGGGAACCAUAAUCUCACUUAUAUCAACCUCCAGGGGAACCGUAUUGGAGAAUCAGGGGCAAAGGUAAUCUCUGAUGCCAUCAAAACCAACUCUCCAAACUGCGUGGUGGAGAUCUGAGGCGUCUCUGAACCUCUGGCAGGAUUGUAUGUCUAGUGACCCAAGGACACCUCCACCUGGAAACUAUUGAAUCAUCGCGCAAAUCUCAGCCAAUCAGAUAUAAACUCUGUCAUGGUUAUCCUUGCUGUUGUUACCAGUGUACAUGAAGCGAUGUAGUGUGAUUAUCUGUAAAGGCAAAUUGUUCUUGAUUUGUAGCUUUCAUUCAGCCCACCUGCAGUGCACCUAGAUGCAUUUUGUAUACCUGAGAAACAGUAGUUUACCAUGCUAUAAAGACACCUCACUCCAGGUGAACACUGUGCAUGGUUACCUGUUCCAUAACAAGAACACAGGCUCAGUGACUGGUGGAUUAUUCACUGAUGCAGCUAAAGCGAGAAUGUUUUCUGGCUUCUUUUUUAUCUGCACCCUCUGCGUGAUUGAAGCAUCAAUCAUUGUAGCUUCAGACCUACGCAUGUCCAACCUGGAAAUCAGAGGGACUGUGCUGCUCAGCCAUAGCCUUGAAAACU